AUGUUCCAACUAACAGACCUGCCCGACACUCUCUUUCUAGACAUCAUAUCCCAUCUCAGCCCCCGUGAAAUCAUCCUCCACCGCCUCGUCUCCCGUGCAUCCCACGCAGCGCUCACCAGGACCGACUUCUCCCGGACGCUCCUCCACAUCUUCUUUCCCAGGUCGCUCGAAUGUCGCGAGCUCAAGUCUCAAAUAGCAGCCGAGAACCAAAAGCAGUCGUCGUCCGGGGCCUGCAACGGGUCACCCGAGGCGGACUGGCCGUCCAUCUUCGCCUCCGUGUCCCGCCGCUACCACAACCUCUCUGCCGGAUCAUAUCACAUCCUCGAAACGAUCCCGAUACUGAAAGACGCGAAACUCAUGUACCCGUUCACGCCCUGGAACCGCCACCUCCAGCGCGACGAGAUGUCGAUGCCCCUACAACUCCCGGAUCGGAGUUGGACCUACGACGACGGAAUCUUGGUCUACCCUCGCCCGUCUUCCAACCCCGUACCCUCCAUCUUCAAAGCUCUGGACCUCUUCUCAGGCUUGGAAACGACAAUCCCCUUCGCCUGCACCUUCAAAAUUGUCCGCCGCCUCCGCCUCUGCCACUCCGUCCUCAUCAUCGAAUGGGCGGAGGCGGAGGGCUCACACCCCCUGAACGACCUCGACAUAGCCCACCGGCACUUCGCGACCGCCUUCACAGUUCACAGGACCUCCUCCCCGCUCAUCUCAACCUCAUCGUCGCCGCCCGAGGUGACAUUUCGCUCGGAGUGGAAGAUCCACUACCUAGGCCUCCCCCUGACCCCCUCCGACCGCCUCGUCUCAACCCACAACGCAACGCACUACGCCCUCUACGCGCACCAGCCGACCCGGUCCCCCUGGGGCGAGGACACGCCCCUCGAGCGCCUCGUCGUCUGGUCCCUCGGGCGCCCCUCGAGCUACAGACCCAGCCUCGACCCCUCCUCGUCCCGGAAGCCCGACCCGGACCCGGGACCCGCCGUCAUCCUGCGCCUGACGAACGGGGACCUGGACCACUGGCACGUCCGACAACGGGACACGCCGCGCCUGAUGAGUAUCGCCCUCGACGCGGGGCACGUCUUUCUGCAGGAGGAGGACCACUUGUGGACCGGCGGGCCGCAGUCCUCCGAGACGCCCCCGGCGCGGCACAGCGUGCGGAGCACCGGGAUCCCGCUGUCCCGGUGCGGGCCGCGGUGGGUCGACGAGUGCGGUGCCGAAGGCGACGCCGAGCGCUCCUUCUGUCCCGCGCGGGGCGCUUCCGAUGCCUCGCCCGGCAGGGCGCCUUGUUGGCGGCACGAGGAGUUCCCCUAUCUCACCGUGGCGCAGGUCGUCGACGCGGCGGCCGGGACGAGAGUGUGCGGGAGGCGGUGUUUCGCGAUGGAGACGGUCAGCGCGAGCGGGGCGGGCGGCGGGGACGGCCGAGGCGAGGUGCAGUUCCCGGACGACAUGUGGAGGGCCGUCAUGUCGGGGGCGGCGCUGGCGGGCGAUGAACGAUGGGUAAUCGGGGAGGACGGUGCGGGGGACGUGAGCGUGGUUCGAUUCUGA